AUGACACUAUCCACCACUAAACUGCAGGAGAUCUACAGCCAGCAGGGUUUCCUGUCUGCGUUGCCUGUGUUGAAGGAAAAUGAGCUGACUGAGACCAAGCAUGCCUUUUCUGAGCUGGAGAAGGAAUUUGGUAAGUAGCAGUGCUAUGAGGGGUACAGCCUCCACAACAUUCACCUUCAGUAUCCAUGGGUGAGGAACCUAACCAAACACCCUCAAAUCAUACAAGUGGUCAAAGACAUCCUUGGUCCUGAUGUCAUCCUGCUGGACUCCCGCUUCAUCUGUAAAUAUCCAAUACUCAAAACUGACAUCCAGAAGAAUGAGGAAGAAGAAAUCAAACCUGGUCUUCCAUAUGUGGCCUGGCACCAGGAUAUGAGGUAUUGGGGUAUUGCUGGUGGUCCUGUUCUCUCUGUGUGGCUCGCUUUAGAUGACUCACUGCAAGAGAAUGGUGCCCUUCAGGUCAUCCCAGGUAGCCACUGCACUGGUAUGUUGCCCCAUCAACACGCUACUCGCCCUGGAAACAUGCUGUCAGUCAAUCAGGAGAUUCCAGAGGAGCUGGUGCAGGUGGAUGAAGCUGUGUUUUGCCCUCUGUUAGCUGGGCAGAUGUCUAUUCAUGAUGGAUUUCUUGUCCACGCCAGUGAUGCCAACACGUCUCAGAGGAGGCGAUGUGGGUUUGUGAUCCGUUAUGUUUCCACAUGUGCAUAUCCCAUACAGGAUCCUGAUCGUCCCAGGAAAUUUGAUGCAACAGUGUUGGUCUGUGGAACGGAUCAGUUCAAUAAUUUCUCCAACAAAACCACAUAAAUACAUCUUUGGUUCUUCCUACAAGAAUAGCUACUUGUGCACUUUCAUAGAAUAUUUCAUACUGAGAGCGACUGUCUCAGUAUGAAAUA